UUCAUUCGUUUUUUUUUCUGCAGGGCUCGCCUCGUCCAUGCUGAAGCAACCGUUGCUCUCGCAGUGGCCAUCUUCCUUCUCAUGGUCAUUGCCACCGGUCUCCUGCUCCUGCCGUCAUCCGGAACGACAACGACAGAGGCUACCUUAUAUCCCUUUGUCGAUUGGUCUACAACGACGAAAACUCCGGCGCCCACUGCGAGCCCUGCUACGACCAAGUCAACGCCCGCCAGCCCCCGGAUCGAGUCUACGAAGAAAGUUCGAGUAACGACGCCGUCGACGACAACCACAAAGCGAUACCAGUUCACGACACCGCCAUUAAUCUGCGUGUACGGCAGCGGCUUCAACAAUACCCUCGAGUUUCCCGAGGAAGGCUUGUGCGACCUCACCGUGUUCGAUUCGCUGUACAAGGACCACCGGAACCCGUGGCCAAAGCCCGACAACGACCUUCUGCACUUCCUCAGCGGAGCUAGAACGCACAGGAAGUCGCAGUUUGGUCUCUCGUUCGAUUUCAAAAAUUGGCGGAACUUAUCCGAAGAAUUGUCGAAAGGUAAUCCCGUCGAGCAGAUUGACGAGUACUGGUUCGAUCGCAUCUACCACUACGGCAUGGUUGACAUCUCUCCCUACGGUGACACACAGGUCGAAGUAGCAAGGACUGUGGCGCUAUUCGAGACACUGUACAAGCUGCUGGAGAAGAAGUCGUACGAAAGCGCACUCGGCCAGCACACGCUCAUCUUCUUCGGAUUCUCACCGCUUAAUCAGAAGUGGAUCUCUUUUGUGCCGUCACUCUUCGCGACAUUCAGGCCUCACGUAUUCGUGAUUCGAGGACAUUACUCGCUCGUCAAUCAUAAUGCACCAGACUGCAGGAUAGUGGCGCCCACAUUUCAGAGUCGAACGGCGGGGACUUACUUUUCGCUGCACAACGCUCAUGCGGCGCUCAAGUUCGUGAACACCAGGGAUCCCGGAGGCGCAACGUCGCUCUCGGUGUCUGUGAGCAUGCAGGGACGUUGGAACAGGCCCAAGGCCUACCUGCAGCACGAGGCCAGCAAGUACGGAUUCCUCGAGCCAUGCAUCAAGCUGCCCGCAGGUGUGGAGCAGUUUGGAAACGUGUACGAGAUCUGUAGCCAACCCAGCUACCAGGCAGUCUAUGACAAGGCAUAUAAGGCCGAGUACCGAUACAACUUCGCAGAAGGACUUUCGUUCACCUACGACACGUUGCAGUCACUGAGAGAAAAGCUGUGCUACUACAAGACGAACCUAACGAGUGUCCCCUACGGAUUGGCCCUGUUCGACAUGCAGUAUGAGGACUGGAUCGGCUUCUGCUUCUCGGAGAAAUUUGCCCGCUUGCGCGCCCUGCGCAAGCUGCAGGACUUCAUCACCCAGCGCUUCCGCUUUGCCUCCGACUUGACAGACUGCUUGUUCAGCACACGGGCCGCGUGAAGAACCGCUGCGGCGUGCACGUUCGCGAACCUCUGGACGCCGUGUCUCGUCGUAUUCGCAGGACGAGCUACAAGUGAAAAAAAAAAUUGAGAACAAGAAAAGCAAAUGGUAAACGAAAAAUUAGAAUGAGGAACUGGUUGUGCCGUUCUUUCAGUUUGAAUUUUCUCAUAUGUUAACCCCUCGUCUAGCGACACGACUAUCUAAUGAAUCAAAUAAUAAAUGCA